AUGGAUCGAUAUCACGGCCAAAAGACCGGAGAUCGAUUAAAACAGCUCUCAUUGUUUGAAUCAAGUGAUGAUUCGAAUUUAUAUCCACCUUUAACAGAACAACAAAAGAACAUGGUUAAGACUUUGUUGACUCCUGAUGGUGUGAAGUACAAGUCGUCAACUGUGGUCAUUGAAAAAUUCAAUUUAUCUAUAAAAAUUAAAGACAUCCAAACGCUAUCCAUCGGUUCGUGGCUUAAUGAUGAGAUCAUAAAUUUUUAUUGCAAUCUGAUAAUGGAAAGAGCAAAAACAUGUCCCGAGAAGUAUCCACCAAUCCACAUAGUAAAUACAUUCUUCUACAGUACGCUGAUGGGUGAUAGCGGCGGUAUCGAGAGGUUAUCUCGUUGGUUCUUGAAACCAAAAAAAAAGAUCCCUCCACCAAAUUUGUUUGACAAAAAGUUCAUUUUCAUACCUAUAAAUACAACUGUGCAUUGGACAUUGGCCGUUGCUAAUUUUGAAUUAAAACGUUUCGAAAUGUAUGAUUCACUUGGUGCCGGAUUUAGGACAGGAUUCUUAUCGAAAUUGAAAGAAUUUUUCAAUUACAUGGCUCAAAAAAACAAUUGUACCGAAUUUGAUUUUGAAAAUUGGGAAAGUAAAGAGUUUCGGUCAAGCUCACCUCAACAAUUGAAUUCAGAUGACUGUGGAGUAUUCGCAAUGAUUACUUUAGAACAUUUGGCUCGUCAGGCACAUCUGCAAUUUUCUCAAGCGUUGAUGCCAUAUUUUAGGGAGAGAAUGAUAAUUGAGAUUAAAAUGGCUGGAAAAGACUGCAAAGACUCGGAAUCGCUGUACGUUUCCACUUUACGCGUGUACCCAUCAUCCCUAGAAAUUUCAGAUCGUCUUUUCGGGAAGCCACCGAUCCCUCUUAACGGCUUCUUUGGUAAUCCGACGUCGGCAAAUCUGAAUGCUUUUUUCCUAUUGGCAACCUCUCUUGCUCUUUCCAACCCUCCCGUGAUCGUCAAAAUUAUGUUUCUUAACCUGAGAAUUCCGGAGUUUUUCCUAGCCGACACCAUCAAUGGCCGUUCGAUUACGUUUCUAUAUAUUCUCUGCUGUUCUUUGACUAGAGUGUAUCGACGCGCCAAUUCUGGUAAAACUACCAUAUCGCAUUUGGUUAGGACGACUUGGAACUCCACUUCUUUUCUAUGUGCGACAUGGUAA